CUUACGAUGUAGCGAAGCUCCUGCUGGUGCUGUGCGCAAUUGGGCAGAGUAAUUGGGAAACGGUUUGCCUUUGCGAAGACACUCUCUCCUCUCUCGCUUCUCUUAAAGGCGCAGGAGGAACUGGAGUCUCGCAUUUUCUUUUCGGAUCGAACGAAGAUCGCGAAUAUGUGAAACAAUCGGACGACUAUUUUAAAAAACGCCAUUUUGCGGACUUAUUCUUUUAUACCCCCCCCCCCCGUCCCUUCCUUUAGGAUUUGUGCGCUUGCUUUCUGUUGUUCGGAGAAGCUGGGGUAGAAUUGCAAUGGCUUCCAAGCUUCUACGAGCCGUCGUCUUGGGUCCCCCGGGAUCCGGCAAAGGGACCGUGUGCGAGAGGAUCGCCAAGAGCUUUGGCCUCAAGCAUCUUUCCAGCGGGCAGUUUUUGCGGGAGAAUAUCGGGGCGAACAGUGGUUUUCCAAGGACAUUGGGUCAAGCUGAAGCACUUGACAGGAUAUGUGAACUGGAUCUAGUGAUAAGUUUGAAUAUCCCAUUUGAGACUCUUAAAGACCGACUUAGUGCUCGUUGGAUUCAUCCAGCAAGUGGCAGAGUAUAUAAUAUGGAAUUCAAUCCACCUCAAACCCAUG